AUGGACUCACGAAACAGCACUGGACAAAAAAAAAAAAAGCCCUUCACAAUCUUGGUUGUGGAGCAAAUGGGCUCUCCAGCCUCGCAUCCCAUUCCCGCCACCUGUGUUCAUACCCCAAGGUCCCUGAGGGGUGGUCACUCAGGUUCGCACCCGUCUACAAGCAAGAAGAGCACGGCCUUCCCCUCCAGCGGCUCGCUCGUGGCCACCCAUGACUACUACCAGUGCCACCUGGGUUCCACUCCCAGUGACAGCUCCUCUGCCAGUGCCAAGUACCCUGGGGAAGCCACUUUCUACCACUCGGGUCUCCCCAAGGCCCACCCGGCUCAUCAGUGGGCGAGCUUCUUUGCCAGGAAGUUCACUCUCUGGUUCAUGGCCACCGUGUUGGAGUCCCCAGAGCACCUGGAAUCUCCCCAGGCCUCCAGCGGCACCAGCACCUGUGACCUGGCUCAGGAAGCCACAAGGAAGCAGCCUGGUGGCCAGUCCUGCAAAGCCACCCUGGGGCCCCAUCCUGAGCGACCGGACUUCCAGAGGUGCUAG